AUGGACCGAUACAAUAAUCACCGACCACCUUCCUCUAUGCGCAGCUCGAUCAACUCCGUCAAUUUCAGUCAUGUAGUGGCCACGGUCACGCCGCCCGCUUCUCCCCCUCCAGCAUAUCAGUCAUAUCCCGUCAGCCCUCCGAGUAAGAGGGCAUCAAUCAGCGUGACGAAUGCAAGCCUGGAAUCACCUGGUGUGACAACAACCCAGAACGGGACACGCCGAUCUCACAGCAAUGCUUUGAUUGAAGCUGCAAAUAUUAGAGUUCAAGAUGAGCAGGAUAUGCAAAACACACUUCACAGUGUGCAACUAUCCUGUCAGAUCUGGAAUGCUGAGAUCGAGCCCGAACAUGAGACAAAUGAGCUCUGCGACUGUGCCGUGCACAAAUACCUGAAACGGAAAAUUGAUCGCCUUCAAACUCAGGAGAUGUGGUCUAAAGCCGUCAUAUAUCCCGGAGAAAAGCCGUACGACGACUGUACACAUUUGCGCCUGUUCAAGAACAACCCGUACUCAACCGUGAUUAUUUCGCCAUAUGGACUCCCAGGAGCAACGCUAUCUGGUACCGUCCGACCUGAUCCACAGAACCACGCCACCUUUCUCCAGCAGACAAUAGCACUCGAUGCGAGUCUGAAUGCAAAGGCAAAGAUCGCUGUCCAGGCCCUAGAGCCAUCCUUUAACAUCUGGGAUCUUGAACAUCUAGAGUCUUUGGUCUCAAAUAUGGCAAAUGCUCACAACCAAAGUGAUAAACCUUCAAAGCGUGCAACCUUUAAGAAGGCUCUGUCGGUGAAGAGCUCCGAUGAAAGAGCUGCUGGCAACUUUAAAAGAAAGUUUUCGGGGGGACUCGAGCGUCGCCAGGAAAUCCUCGCUGAAGAGGAAGGCCGAUGGCCAGACGACUAUGAUAGACAUAUUGUGUCGGUCUACCAGCAAACUGUUGGAAUCUCAUUGAAAGUCUACGAGCUUCGCACACAUCAACCUCUUCAAUAUCUCCACCUCCUACGGGCGGGAUAUUUUGAGCCCAUUCCUAAAUCCUGGAGUGAAGAAACACAGACAUCUAAUCCCUUGAGGUUCUCCAUCGAUGCUGCCGUGGGAUGGAGAGGAAUCACGCCUGCAUGGAGAGGCUAUGACAACACCGCCGAAGAACGAUUGUACUGGACCCUGAGCAACCGGGAUGGAGGCGGUGUCGUUAUGAAGCCCGAUAUUAUUUCGGCGCUAGACAUGGCUCGUACUCGAAUGGAGUCGGCAUUGGAUAUACCACCAGCAUAUUACGAUCCUGAGGACAUCUGUCAUGUGCAGAAUACCUCUCAUGGCUACUCAAAACAGGUCAGGUCCACUUUCAAGUGGAACACCCCGAUGUCGUCGACGGAUGAGACAAUGAUUUUAUUGGAUGUUUCGGGCUCUAUGGACUUCAACCCCGCACGGCCAAACUAUAAUCAAUAUCUCAUCACUGGUUUUGUCAAAACUAGCCAGCCAAAAAACAAAGAUCUUGCAAAAACAAUAAUUCGUCGCUUUAUUCACGCACUAGGGAAUCAUGACCACGGAUGGCAAGGCUAUCCACUGGUCACUUUUUCCAGCCAGGCAAGCUACUUAGGGUCCGUCAAUGGAUGGAAUUUGAAUGAAGUUUGGGAAAAGGUCAAAUUUGGUGGACGGACGCGAGUCAUGACAGGGUGGGCAAAGAUAAAGGAACUGCAUUUCCAAAAACACUUCAACACAGCAAAAUACCAUCCAAUCUAUGGAUGGCAGCCUGGCCCAGAAACACCCAAUCUACGAUUACUUCUCAUACUUGACGGCGAAGCAAGCGACAUGGAUGAAUUUGAACUCGAGCUUCUGGGUCUCUCUUGGGCAUAUACUACUAUAUUUCUGAUCGGCGUCGAAGGCAGUCUCAGUCACCACCGUCAUGCAAACAAGUUACAACGUAUAAGCGAGAUCAAUCCCCGGAUUUCUUUUGUUGAAGCCCAAGGAAACGUUGCAGAGCGCUUCAUCCUCCAUGAACUCCUCAAACGACAUCUCGGUCGCGACCUUACAAUGCCCGAAUUCAGAGAUCUACAGCAUUUCACAGCAGAAUUGCCCUCGCCCGAGCAGAUUCGUCAGGAUAGGCGCCAAUCAGCUGGGACUCAAUUUGAGCAGGUGCCGGUUGAACUUCCAUCGCUUGAAGAGACGCAAAAUUGGCAGAUUCAACAGCAUCUGGUGCCAUCACAUGUAUUGUCCUCGCCAUUGGUUGAAUUGCGAGCUGAUCGGGAUCCGAUUGAAUUACCUGCUACUGAACCAUCUUCGCCUCCGCGGCGAUAUACUCCAUUUCCUCCCCAAACUGCCCUUGGAGCAUCUAGUCUCCCACUCACACGUCCACGUCCAUUGAAUCGGGAGUAA